AUGCCUAAUGUGGUUGAGAAGUAUUUGGAGAAGGUGAAAGUAGGCGGCAACAUCAUAAAGCCGGAUGCAUUGCUUCCAAAUGAUAUCAUAACAUAUGUAAAAGAUAAGGAUGUCCGCGAAGCAGCUAAGCUUCAGUGGAAGGCAAUGUUGGAGGACAUGUACCUAAAGGGGCAAAAGCAGGGCGAGGGUUUGGGCAAAUUUAAAAACUGCUUGGCAGUGUGUAACAUCACCACUAGUUUCAUGGGCGAACCAGCCAUAGAAUUAGUAGCGAGAUUGGGAAUUUUGGUGUUUGAACUGAAUGAAGAGCCGGCAUGGAAAAGAAAGGUGAUAGGUCUUGGUCCCUUACCUAAUUAG